AACGUUGAUAAGAGACAGACAGCCAUGUCAUCCAACCCUUCCACAAAACGAAUUGGAAAAUAAAUGGUGCCAACGUUUGGCAACAUUGGCUAAAUAUUUCCUUUCCGAGUGUGAUUCUGAACUAGAGAUAACGAGGUGUCACAAGCGUGUCUAUUCAAGUUUUCGACUCAUCUGACGAAGGUGCUUUCCCACAUGAGAGUAUCAGCUGUCGAGUUUGUUCCAGACUCGCAACUUGGAACAAAUUCAGCAACCUGUCCGACCUAUUGAGGACAUAUGAUAGAUAAAGCUGACCAUUGCAAAAGCUCAGGAGUUGAGAACAAAAAUGGAGUUUGAUCCCAAGGAACACCAACAUAUUCGAUGGAACCCCAUGAAAGGUGAGUGGAUCUUGGUCUCACCUCAUCGCAUGAAGCGCCCAUGGAGCGGUCAAGUGGAGAAAAGCCAGGAAGAGGAGCGACCCGAAUUUGACCCCAAUAACCCGCUCUGUCCGGGCGUGACUCGUCCCAACGGGGCCGUCAAUCCCGUCUACGAUUCAACCUUUGUCUUCACCAACGACUUCCCCGCCCUGUUGGAGGAUGUUCCGAGCCCGCCCUCGUCGAGUGAUCCUUUGUUCCGGUGUGAGGCGGCUCGUGGAACCUGCAAGGUCAUGUGCUUCCAUCCCAAGUCAAAUGUGACCAUUCCAAUCAUGACCUUGGAUGACGUGAUAAAGGUCAUCGAUCAGUGGGUCCAGGAGUCCCGGACCUUGGGCGCUCAGUACGCUUGGGUGCAAAUCUUCGAGAACAAGGGUGCCGCCAUGGGAUGUUCCAACCCGCAUCCGCAUUGCCAGAUUUGGGCCUCAUCGUUCCUGCCCAAUGAGGCUCGGGUCAAGGAUGCAAAUUUUAAGGCCUAUUUUGAGGAGCACUCUCGCCCAAUGUUGCUGGACUACGCUCAAAGAGAGGUGGCGAAUGGCCAAAGGAUCGUGGUUCAAAAUGAUGAUUGGCUGGGAUUGGUGCCCUAUUGGGCCGUGUGGCCUUAUGAGGUCAUGAUCUUACCCAAGACUCGUCACUUGAAGCGUAUGAAUGACCUGGACCCGCCUUUGAGGCGCUCCUUGGCCGAUGUUAUGAAGCAAGUCACGAUCAAAUAUGAUAAUCUCUUUGAAUGCAGUUUCCCUUACUCCAUGGGAUUUCACGGUGCUCCCAGCGGACCUUCAUUUGAAGGCCAAUCUCAAGACCAUUGGCAACUCCAUGGGCUUUAUUUCCCGCCAUUGUUGAGGUCGGCCUCUGUCAAAAAGUUCAUGGUGGGUUACGAGAUGUUGGCCAACUCCCAACGGGAUCUGACGGCGGAACAAGCGGCCGAAAAACUAAGGAACUUGCCCAAUGUUCACUACAAAGCACAGAAAGCUUAGCCCAUCUUAGUGAUACUUUGCUUGAUAUGGCAUACAUGUUCAACCUCAUGCCAACUAGAGAGCUGUAUUGAAGAGAGACUUCAUCCCUAUGUCAGUCUUGGCCAGAAGUUCAGUCCCUAUGUUGGCUUUAUAGAGACUCCAAGAAUUCAUCCAGACACAGUGUGCUAAUAAAUAUUGUCAGGGGCCUUAUUGACACUCAAAUCAAAUUAAAGGUACAAUCAACAACGAAGCUUUAAUAGUCUAUGAAUCAAAUAGUAAAUGAGAGAUUAUGCAAUAUAGAAGUUGUAUAGUGGCAAAAUGUG